AUGGAUGCACUAGACUUCACGACCGGAUUGCUGGACUCGACGCCCGAAUUCACGCUCUUCUUCCAUCUGCCCGCCACCACGCAACGCAAAGUUCUCGGCAACCUACCUCUGCGGGACUACUUCCGGUUUGCGAGCUCGAGUUGGCAGAGCUGGAGGCUGGCCAAGGAGCUGCCACUUCAAAAAUGGGACCACGACAAAUCCUCAGAACGUCAAGGACAAGAAGAAGCCACCAAAGGUGAACUGAAAACUCCUUGUUACCGCUUGCUGCCCUCCGAAACUGAAGACCUCCUGCUUCACGCCACCGUGCUCGGCGUGUUCCCCGGCUACUGCCGGUUUUUCAACCCUAAAAAGGAGGUUUACGCCUAUAUGUCGGUCAGAAAAAGCGGUGCCGACGAUUCCGCAUCAAAACGCUUUACACCUCACUCCAGGCAUACCAGGAUUUUGAUGAAGCAUCUUCUACCCCGAGCAAAUGCUCAAAAAUUUUUGACGGAAGCGCGCGAGGCAUUGGAGGUCGAGAACUGGCACCAAAUUAACGAUAUCUAUCGAAAGGACGAGUUCCAGACGUUCGGAUUCCUAAAUGAAGCCGCGUAUUAUCGAGUUGAAGAUCCCGAAAAGAUGCUGAAAAAAUGCGGUCGGGAACAGCUGCACUUUUUUGCGAUUACGGCGACUGGGAUGAAAAAUCUGGGCUUUUUGGAGGGAGCUGGAGACGUGGGGGUCUUGACGUCGAAAAAUGUCGUCAUCAAGCGAGAAGAUGGACGAUGGAUUUCUUAUCGGCUGACGGAGAUGAAGGCUCAAGAAUAUUAUAAAGCUGUCGUUACUUGUGUACCUUUUCGUGGAUGUUUU